AUGAAAACUCUUCUGGGUGUACUGCUCAGUCUGAGCAUAGUCAUUCAGACUGAUGCUCAGUCUGCUGCUUGUCUAGCCAAUGAUUUAACUCCCGCAGAGCAGAAAACUUGUGACAACAUCAAUAUGUGGAAUGUUGAAUCUUCGAAAAUUGAUGCUAUACUUUCAUCUUCUCGGCUGCCGUCCUUUGGUGGUUUAACUUCCGGGCCAGUCUUGGCGUCCAAUGGACCUGCUCUUCCUUCUGAUAUGUAUGAUUGCUUGACCAUACAGUGUAUUUGCAACUUCAUUGAAGGAGCUUCGUACAAUAGCAAUGGAUGUCGCCUCCCUGAUGGUCAAAUUAUGGGAAAGGUUGUGAGAAAGGAGCUACGAAUGCUCACUGAGAGCGAAAGAUCAGCUUAUGCCACAGCCUUCCAAUCUGUUGCCGGAACGAAUGGAAUCUAUAGAACUCUCUCUGGCUGGCAUUCUAGCACUUCCACUUCUCCUGCAGCUCACUCAGGACCAGCUUUCUUACCUUGGCAUCGUGAAUUCAUUAAAAGAUUGGAAAUCGGCAUCAGGACUCUGAGAGUUAAUGGUGCUUUCCCAUAUGUGAACCUUGCUGUUCCUUAUUGGGAUUCCACUCUUGACGACGAUCUCCGUUUUGCCAUCAAUAAUUCGCCCACAAACUCUAUUAUGUUCUCAAACGUUUUGAUGGGAUCAGUACUCAAUGGUCUAGUCAGUGAUGGAUAUUUCGGAAGCUUUUCUGGCACCCAGGGAAGAGUGCGAAGAAGAUUAGAUCAAUACAACGGACAAACUACUGUGUUCCGUUCCCAAGAUGUUGGCGAUAUUGUUACCUACCAUCAAAUCGAAAACCUUCUAGCUGCAACAUCUGGAUCAAGUUUAUCGGGUUGUAAUUAUAACAGGUCAGCUCUCGAGUUCAGACAUGGUGAUGUUCAUGUUUGGGUUGGUGGACAUAUGGAAACGACUACAACUUCCACGAAUGAUCCUAUCUUCUUCAUGCAUCAUGCAUUCGUUGAUAAAAUUUGGGAGGAUUAUCGUCAACAGCGUCAGACGAGAAGUCAGAGAGAAUCUCAAUAUAAUACUCGUACUAAUUGUUAUAACAACAACCAUAGGAUCAAUGCCGUUAUGACACCAUUCCGUCUUUUUGUAGUAGAGGAUGGCCUAAGUAAUCGUUACACUGAUGAGUUAUACAGUUAUGACAGUAGGCCAACCUGCGGCAGUGAUAAUUCGAACUGCGGAGGAUCAGAAUUCCUGUUCUGUAACACAAAUCUUCGUCGUUGUACAUCUAAAAUAAAACCAGGAGGAGUUUGUCGCCGCAUAGGAACUGUCGAUCCCUGUUAUGCCAGUACUUGCAGUAGCACCAGCACAACCUCAUUUGGAACAUGUCGAGCUCCUGCUAGAGAUGCUCCACGCUCAGACAACAAAUACCCUAUAGUAGAACAUAAACUUGACGAGCGUUGCUAUAACAAUCAUCCAUGUUGUGCUCAAUGGGCUUCUCAAGGGGAAUGCCAGAAGAAGAAGUUCGCUGCCGUUAUGUCUGUGGCUUGUCCCGCUAGUUGUGGCAAUUGUAAGCCAACAGCUUACAAACUUCAAGAUACUUGUGAUAAUCGCCACAAACUUUGUAAAAUUUAUAAGAGUCAGGGAGCAUGCAGCAAAAAUGCCAAUUGGAUGAGUGAAAACUGCCGACGGGAAUGUGGGCUCUGUGCCUCCACGAGAGCUCAAUCUUGUGAUGGAGGAAAAUCAGGUUACAAGAAGAACAGUAAGCCAGCCAGUGAUACCCCUAGAACCCAUUUACCCCCACCCCCUCCACCACCUCAUCAUUCAUUGGUUUCUAAGCCGCAUAAGGGCAGCCAUGUUGGGAAGACUGGCAAAUGUUUCAAUGAGAAUAUGUGUUGUCGAGUGUGGGCUGAGAAAGGAGGUUGUCAAACAAAGAAAUCAUUAAUGACCAGAGUUUGUCAAGCAUCUUGUGUGUGCACUCCAUACAACGAUAAUAAUUCUUGUUCCGACUUCGCGACCCAAUGUCCAUUAUACGCUUCCAAAGGAUUAUGUUGGCUGGAAUUUAUGAAAGAGAAUUGCAGAAAGAGUUGUAGAUCUUGUCACACAAUGAAUGAGCUAAGAGGAAUAUGCAAAUCUCAGGAACUUUAUCGCAGAGGAUAA